GGGAUCAGUGACCGAGAGAGACGAGGAGAGACGGUCCCUGUCACGUGACUCUGUGUUUCCCUGUUAACAACAUGGCUGCCGAGGAUCUGCCGUCUGAAUUUGACAUCGUCAUUCUGGGCACAGGUCUUGCAGAGUCCGUGGUGGCAGCAGCCUUCUCCAGAGUGGGUCAGAGAGUCCUUCAUGUGGACAGGAGGAGUUACUACGCCGCCAGCUGGGCCAGCUUCACCUUCAGCGGCCUGCUCACCUGGAUCCAGCAGCACCAGGAGGAGUCUCAGCCAGAGGAGGAUCAGGAUUGGUCGAGCCUGUUGGAGGAAGGGGAGGAGCUGAUCUACCUGUCACACUCAGACCCUGCCUCCGUCAGUAACCUGCAGGUGUUCUGCUACACCAGUGAGGAAGACGAGGAGGAAGCUCCGAGUGCUGAUCCUCCAAACACGACAGAAGAAGAAGCAGCAGGAGGAGCUGAAGAAGACGCCACCAAAGAAACUCCGGAGACAGAAAGUGCAGAUUCAGUGGAAGACGAGAAGGAGGCGGAGCCAGAGGAAGAGCAACAGGUCUCCCAGACAGAGGGGGAGGAGCCAGAGGCAGGUCAACCAACUCCCUCUGCCGCUCUUAGCCAAUCGGAGCCAACCAGGAAGAAGAUCAGCUACGCUCAGCUGGUGAAGGAAGGACGCCGCUUCAACAUCGACCUGGUCUCCAAGCUCAUGUAUUCUCGCGGCUCAUUGGUCGAUCUGCUCAUUAAGUCAAACGUCAGUCGCUACGCAGAGUUCAAGAACGUCACCAGGAUCCUCACCUACCGUCACGGGAAGGUGGAACAGGUGCCCUGCAGCAGAGCGGAUGUGUUUGCGAGUCGUCAGCUGUCGAUGGUAGAAAAGAGGAAGUUGAUGCGUUUCCUCACUUCCUGUGUAGAGGAGACGGAGGAGCAGCGGGGUGAGACACCUGCAGACAUCAUCACCUACAACGGUCGGCCAUAUUUGGAAUUCCUGUGUGACCAGCAGCUUGGUGACAACCUGCAGCACUUCCUGCUUCACUCCAUUGCCAUGGUAACAGAAGACACGCCCACAGAGGUGGGCCUCGCCUCCACACGUCACUUUUUGCGCUGCCUGGGUCGCUAUGGCAACACACCCUUCCUGUUUCCUGUCUACGGCCUCGGAGAGAUACCCCAGUGUUUCUGUAGGAUGUGUGCUGUGUUCGGAGGAAUCUACUGUCUGAGACACUCGAUCAACUGUCUGCUGGUCGACAAGGACACCAACAGCACAGAAAAUGCUCUCCUCAAAGUCUUCAAUGACCUCCUCACUUCUGCUGACACUGGUUCCCUCAACAUCCUUAUUCUUCUUGACCUGAGUGCAGCCUUCGAUACUGUGAGCCAUAACAUCCUGCUCACCAGACUCCAAGACCUUGGUAUCGAAGGUACUGCACUCACCUGGCUCCGUUCCUACCUUUCCAACAGAUCCCACUUCAUCUCUCUUCAUAACCACACCUCUGCUACAGUCACAGUCCCCCAAGGCGUUCCCCAAGGCUCCGUACUCGGCCCCCUUCUCUUCAUCAUCUACAUCCUCCCCCUUGGUCAGAUACUCCACCACUUCAACCUGAACUUCCACUGUUAUGCCGAUGACACCCAGAUCUACCUCAGCACCAAAUCCCCCCACAAUCCCUCUCUCUCCCACAUCAACUCCUGUCUGUUAGCGAUUAAAACCUGGAUGCAAAACAACUUCCUCAAACUAAACAGCAAUAAAACAGAAUUCCUCCUCAUAGGCUCCAAAUCCACUCUCAGCAAAGCCAAUAACCCCACUCUCACCAUCGACGGCACCAUUGUCUCCCCAUCUCCCCAGGCCUUCAACCUUGGUGUGAUCUUUGAUUCAACCCUCUCCCUUGAGCCCCACAUCUGUCAUGUCAUUAAAACCUCCUUAUUUCACCUUCGAAAUAUUGCCAAAAUCAGACCCUCACUCACACCCUCUGCUGCUGAAAGACUCAUUCACACCUUCACAUCCUCACGGCUGGACUAUUGCAACUCACUAUUCCUUGGUAUCAACUCAAUCUACAUAAAAAGACUCCAACUGGUCCAGAACUCUGCCCCACGACUCAUCACCUGCUCCAAAUCCUGGCACCACAUCACUCCAGUCCUAAAACAACUACACUGGCUUCCCAUUUCUCACCGGAUCACAUCCAAAAUCCUGGUCCUUACCUACAAAGCCAUUCACCACCAGGCCACUUCAUACCUCACUGUCCUCCUCUCCCCCUACCAACCCUCACGGUCCCUCAGAUUCACCUCAGCCGGUCUCCUCUACGUCCCCAAGUCCAAGCUCAGCAGUCUUGGGGAAAGAGCCUUUUCCAGGGCAGCUCCCAGGCUCUGGAACUCCCUCCCCCAUGAGAUCCACACCUCUGAGUCCCUCACCAUUUUCCAGUCCCGCCUUAAGACCCAUCUCUUCUCCUCUGCCUAUCCCUAGCUGUUUUAUUUUUUGUUUGUUUUUGUCAUGUUUCUUUAUCUGCUCUGUAAAGCGACUGAGUUCGUGAAAAGCGCUAUACAAAUUCAAUUUAUUAUUAUUAUUAUUAUUAAACCCAGCAGACAGGUGUGACCUUCCUGAGCCCUGAUUGGACGAUAAUUUAUGACCAGUAAAAUAUUCAAUUUAUGGAGAGGAAAUUAACAUCAUAAUUUAACCUCCUCCUCCUCUGAUAGAUGACUCUCUCUCUCUCUCUGUCAGUCAGUGUCUCUCUGUCAUUAUUUGCUGCCUUGUCAGUUUCCUGAUUAAAUGACUGAUUGAUUGCACACAAGCGCGCACACACACACACACACAC